UAAAGAAAAAGAAACAUGAUGGGCUAUAGUAACUUUAGUUUAGAAAGGCAGAAGAGAGAAGAAGAGCCCAAAGCUGAAGAAAGAGGUAAAUGGAAGAAGAUUAAGAGCCAAAAUCUCCAUCACCAACCUUCUUUCGUUUCACCUUUCAAAACCCUUACCCUUAAUUAUACAUUUUUUUUCUUUUAGAAAUUUUAGGGUUCCUUUUUGCCCCCAUAAUUUCCCGCUCAAAGAAAAGGAGAUAAAUCCAACCCAGAUUUUUGCAGAAUUAGUGCUUUUUUUUUUAGUUUUGAUUCUAGACCCAGAUAUGGAAAUCGAUUCUGGAUCAACCCACUUCACAGAUUUCAGAAGCUCAGAUACUAAUCUUAACGGCGGAGAAUGUAUGAAUCCGAUGGUCGUAAAUGCUUUUCCGGUUGGUAUAGUACAUGUAAUCAAUAGUGGUAAUGUAGAAAGUGAAGGAGAUUUAAGGAUGGAACCUUCCGUGGGUUUAGAGUUCAAUUCGUCGGAUGAGGCGCGUGAUUUCUAUGGUUUGUAUGCAAUGCGUGUUGGGUUUAAGAUUCGAACCGGUCAGUUGUAUAGGUCGAGGAGAGACGGGUCAGUUUCGUCGAGAAGAUUUGUUUGUUCGAAAGAAGGGUUUCAGUUGAAUUCGAGAACGGGUUGUCCUGCUUUCAUUAGGGUGCAAAGGCGUGAUUCUGGGAAGUGGGUUAUCGAUCAAAUUCAGAAGGAUCAUAACCAUGAACUCGGGCUCGAAGGGGAAAACAAUUCGCCUGUUUUGCAGCAGAAACCUCCCGUUGCCCCAAAAUCAUUGGUUGAAGUGUUGCGUAGGCCGAAAGUCAAAUUGUUGGGGCAAAUUGAGAAUGGAGGAUCAAGUCCGUCUGGUAUCAUAAAUUUCAAAAGGCAAAAACGAGGUGGAGAUGGAAGACAACCUUUACCUGAACCAUAUACGGGUCUAGAGUUCAAUACAGCUAAUGAAGCAUACGAGUAUUAUCAAUCGUAUGCUGAAAGUGUUGGGUUUCGAGUUCGGAUCGGUCAGCUGUUUCGCUCAAAGAAUGACGGGUCGAUUACUUCUCGAAGAUUUGUGUGCUCGAAGGAAGGUUUCCAGCAUCCCUCGAGAGUAGGUUGUGGGGCUUUUAUGAGGAUUAAGAAGAAAGACUCGGGAAGUUGGAUGGUAGAUCGACUUAAUAAAGAUCAUAAUCAUGAUCUCGGAGAACAAACGGUGUACGUGAACAAAUUUUCGACAGCUUCAAAGAAAUUCAUAGAGGAAGAAACCAAUGGUAUGGUCUCUAUGGAUCUCGGUGAAAUGAACACCGGCAAGCUUAUUAAAAGAAGCCGAGAAAGCAAAAUCGGAACUGAUUGGUACCCUGUACUUUUAGAGUAUUUUCAAACCAGACAAGCAGAAGAUACGGGAUUCUUUUAUUCAGUGGAGGUCGAUAAUGGUAGUUGCCGGAGUGUCUUUUGGGCGGAUGGUAGGUCGAGAUAUUCAUGCAGUCAGUUUGGUGAUGUUGUUAUUUUAGAUACUUCGUAUAGGAAAAGUAACUAUGUGGUGCCAUUCGCCACAUUUGUCGGAGUAAACCACCAUAAACAGCCAGUACUUCUCGGAUCGGCUUUGAUUGCUAACGAAUCGAAGGAGUGCUUUACUUGGUUGUUCCAAACAUGGUUUAAAGCAAUGUCUUGCUGCCGUCCUAAAUCGAUUAUUGCCGAUCAAGACAUGGCCAUCCAACAAGCGAUCACCGAAGUAUUUCCCGGGGCACAUCAUCAGUUUUCAUCAUGGCAGAUCAGAGCCAAGGAGCGGGAGAAUUUACGGUCAAUGCCUAUUGAAUUUAGAUAUGAGUACGAAAAGUGCAUUUAUGAGAGUCAAACAACGGUUGAGUUCAACACGACAUGGAAUUCACUGGUAAAUAAAUAUAACUUGAAAGGAAAUGCUUGGCUACAACAAAUGUACGAUAAGCGUGAAAGUUGGGUUCCGUUAUAUUUACGGGGCAAAUUUUUCGCUGGCAUCCCCAUAGGUGAAACUGUCGAAUCGUUCUUUGGCACACAAGUAAAUGGCCAAACCCCACUUCGAGAAUUCAUUCCCCGAUACGAACAAGGACUUGAACAAUGCCGAGAAGACGAAAGAAAAGAAGAUUUCAACUCGUUCAAUCUCCAAUCCUUUUCGCAAACGAAAGAAGCAAUAGAAGAACAAUGCCGACGACUCUACACAUUCACCAUCUUCAAAAUCUUUCAAGACGAGCUCUUACAAUCUUACAGUUACAUCGGGAUAAAAACCUAUGAAGAAGGAACGAUAUGCCGGUACUUAGUUAGACGGUCUGGGCAUGAAAAUGACAAGCACGCCGUCACAUUCAGUGCGGUCAACCUCAGCGUUAAUUGUAGCUGUCAAAUGUUCGAAUUCGAAGGCGUAGUAUGCAGACAUGUCUUGAAAGUGUUCAAAUUGUUGAACAUACGAGAACUCCCGUCUCAAUAUAUCUUACCUCGGUGGUUGAGAAACGCCGAGUACCGUAUCUUAUGCGGUGCCGAAUCCAGGGUAAGUUCUCAAGAAUUAAAGGCUUUUAUGAUCUGGAGUUUGAGAGAAACAGCUUGUAAAUAUGUAGAAUGUGGGACAACAUCUGUAGAAAAAUAUAAACUUGCAUAUGAGAUCAUGCGUGAAGGUGGAAAAAGGCUUUAUUGAAAAUUUUGAGGUAAAUUUCAUGGAAAUAGGUUCUUACAAAAUCAUGUAUGUUUGAAUAGCAUGUUUCUUUUAGUUAGUGGUUUUUUUUUAACUGUUUGGGGUGUAAUUGAUUUAGAACUCUUUAACUUCUGUUUCUGAAUAACAAUGAAUUGUUGUGUUGGGAUC